GCGAUUCGGGUGUGACGCGAGCGCGGCCGCUCCCGAUGCGCUCGUGCCGCCCCCGCCGUGCUCCUAGGCAGCCGUUGGCAGCCGUUGCUCGGCCGGUUUUGGUAGGCCCGGGCCGCCGCCAGGCCUCCGACCGAGCCCGCACCCGCCAUGGACGACUACGCAGAUCUUUCAAAUACCCAGCUGACCGCCUUGCUGCGCCGGUACAACAUCCCGCACGGGCCUGUAGUAGGAUCAACUCGUAGGCUUUACGAGCAGAAGAUCUUCGAGUACGAGACCCAGAGGCGGCGGCUCUCGCCCUCCGGCUCGCCCGCUGCCUCCUCUUAUCGCUUCUCUGACUUGAAUUCGACGUCAGGGGAUUCAGAUAUGUAUGAUCUUCCCAAGAAAAAGGACGCCUUACUCUACCAGAGCAAGGACUACAAUGACGACUACUAUGAAGAGAGCUACUUCACUACCAGGACUUAUGGGGAGCCCGAGUCUCCGGGCCCGUCCAGGGGCUUCCGCCAGUCUGUAACUUCACUCCCAGAUGCUGACACUUUCCACCACCAGGUGCGUGAUGACGAUCUUUUGUCGUCUUCUGAAGAGGAGUGCAAGGAUAGGGAACGCCCCAUGUAUGGCCGGGACAGUGCCUACCAGAGCAUCGCGCACUACAGCCCUGUUUCAGCCUCCGGGAGCUCCCUGGACCUGUCCUAUUAUCCUACAUCCUCCUCCACCUCUUCCUCGUCCUCCGCAUCAUCUUCCUCUUCAUGGCUCACCAGCCGUGCCAUCCGGCCUGAAAACCAUGCUCCUGGGGCUGGGCUGGGCCAGGAUCACCAGGUCCCGCUCUGGGGCCAGCUGCUGCUUUUCCUGGUCUUUGUGAUGAUCGUCUUCUUCAUUUACUACUUCAUGCAGGCUGAGGAAGGCAACCCUUUCCAGAGAGAGCCGUGAGGGUCUGGGC